AUGGGUUGCGAUCCAGCUGGUAAAUGUUUACUUUUUAUAAUGGCUGUACUUUUACCUCCUGUCGCUGUAUAUCUUGCUCGCGAUAAAGUAUGUUCAUGUAUGGUUAGUCUGAAUAUUUUAUUGACAUUACUUGGAUGGCUUCCGGGUGUUAUACAUGCAUUUGUGGUUAUUUGUUGUUGUUCAAGUUAUCAAGUUCAGUAA